CCGCUCAGAGGUUCAUUAAUAUCAUUAGCGCUUCGUACCCCCCCCCCCACCCCGCCGCCCUCCCAGCCCUGGGUGACGUCACACCCCGCCAAGCACUGGUGAGCGGUGGCGGGGGGGGGGGCAAGAGGCGCCUGGAGAGCCCCCUCCCCUCCCCGAGGGCUGCCUGUCAACGCUGCCGGCGGAUAUUACGGGCGUUUUCAGGCUGAGGGCUCAAAGCACAAAGUCAGCCGAUGGGAUGAACUUCGGGAAACCUCCUCCUCCCCCCCCCCACACACACACAGACACAGCACUCCCGCAGCCCCUCUGCUUCCCUCCACGCCACCCCCCUUCUUCUUCUUCUCCUUCUUCUUCAGGACAGAGCCAGUCACUUUCGGCGGAGCAGCCCCGGCCUCCUCGGGCGCCCCCACUCCCCCCCCCGUUUACUAUUUGUCCGCCUCUGAUCUGUGGCCGGCCUCACUGAGCCCCUCCGCCGGGCUCUGCUCUCCCCCGGCCCGCGGCUGCCUUCGGCUGAUUCCGGCAGGCAGCGGCUAAUCCCUCCCCCCCCCCGGCCGUCCCCGCGGCGAUCCCAAAAAAGGGAAGACCAACUUCUUCGCGCCUGGAGAGCAGAGAGUCUCUCCCCCACCCCCCCCCGCAAGAGAUCCAGCCAGCCCCCCGCCCCGCCCCGCCCGCCCGGAGGAGCCGCGCAGGGGCCUGGGCAGAAGGAGGCCGGCGGCGGCCGGAGAACGAUGCGGGGCUCCCCUGGGCGGCGGCCGGGACUGUGACUCCGCGGGGAGGCGGCAGCACCUGUCGGGCCCGGAGAGGCUCCUCUGGCGGCGGCGGCGGCGGCGGCGGCGGCGGCGGCGGGAGUUGCAGGAUGAGCAAGCCGGCCGGCUCAACAAGCCGGAUUUUAGACAUCCCUUGUAAAGUGUGUGGCGACCGCAGCUCCGGCAAGCACUAUGGGGUUUAUGCCUGCGAUGGAUGCUCCGGGUUUUUCAAGCGAAGCAUCCGAAGGAACAGGACUUACGUAUGCAAAUCUGGAAACCAGGGUGGCUGUCCAGUGGACAAGACACACCGGAACCAAUGUAGGGCUUGCCGGCUGAAGAAAUGCUUGGAAGUCAACAUGAAUAAAGAUGCUGUUCAACAUGAAAGGGGACCAAGGACAUCCACAAUAAGGAAACAAGUAGCUCUUUAUUUCAGAGGGCACAAGGAAGAUAAUGGAGCCACCCCUCACUUUCCCUCUGCAGCUCUACCAACCCCGGCUUUCUUCACUGCUGUCACCCAGCUGGAACCCCAUAAUUUAGAACUGGCUGCAGUUUCUACAACUUCAGAAAGGCAGGCUCUGGUGGGCUUGGCUCAACCAACCCCAAAGUAUCCACAUGAAGUCAGCGGUACUCCAAUGUAUCUCUAUGAAGUGGCUACAGAAUCUGUUUGUGAAUCAGCAGCAAGACUUCUCUUCAUGAGUAUUAAAUGGGCCAAGAGCGUUCCAGCCUUUUCUACGCUGUCAUUACAAGACCAGCUGAUGCUUUUGGAAGAUGCUUGGAGGGAACUGUUUGUUCUAGGAAUAGCACAAUGGGCCAUUCCAGUUGAUGCUAACACUCUACUGGCUGUAUCGGGCAUGAAUGGUGACAACACGGAUUCUCAGAAGCUGAAUAAGAUUAUCUCAGAAAUACAGGCAUUACAAGAGGUCGUGGCCAGAUUUCGCCAGCUUCGUUUAGAUGCUACAGAAUUUGCCUGUCUCAAAUGCAUUGUCACUUUUAAAGCAGUUCCGACGCAUAGUGGUUCUGAACUGAGAAGUUUUCGGAAUGCUGCUGCCAUUGCAGCUCUUCAAGAUGAAGCUCAGCUCACUCUGAACAGCUACAUUCAUACCAGGUACCCAACACAACCCUGCCGUUUUGGGAAACUCUUGUUGCUCUUGCCAGCUUUACGUUCAAUUAGUCCUUCAACAAUAGAAGAAGUGUUUUUCAAGAAAACCAUUGGAAAUGUGCCAAUUACAAGACUACUUUCAGAUAUGUACAAAUCCAGUGACAUUUAAAUUGACUUGGCAAUUUUAAAAAAUCCGUUUCUGAGAACUUUUCAGUCUGUGGAAAGUAGGCCUCAGCUAAGAACUCUACAGGAAGUGGAAGCCUGAAGAUAUUUAAUCUAUUGACAAAAUGAGCCCAAUAGCUAGGAUUCUGCCGCCUUGAAAAGUGUGACAAGUCCAUGGACAGCUCUUGUGCUCCUCAGAAGAACUGCAGCUAAUGGAUCUUGGCUGCGGCUUCUCCUAUAGUGAUAUGGUGAAGUCAAUUCAGUUGUCUUUCAUAGUUAACAAAGGCUGUGCUAGUCUGUCAUUUAGCUGACAGAUUUGACAGGGUAAAGAAAAAAGUUACUUUAGGCUUUUUCAUUCUUUGAAAAUUUGGGUAACCAAACAUUGUUCUGUUGUAAAGUGUCAUGAGGUGGCCUUCAAAUUUUUUUUUAAAAGUAGCUUGUUGGUGAAUGCUCUUUAUAUGACAGGCAACAUUGAAUACCAGGUUAUCAAAACAUUUACUUCAGUUGUAACAUAAAAGUGGCCUUUGUAAUGUUUUUUUAAAAAAGUAGCGUACAUUGGCAAACACAUUUUGCAUCCAAAUGGGCCAAGGCUCCUGUUGAGAAAAAAUGAAUUGGUGAGCUUUGCUUCUGAACCUUGCCAAAAUUUCAGUUCAGUUUAACAUCUCAGACAGAAGAGCUUUAAAAAAAAAGUACAGUAAAAGAAGACUAAACAGCAAAACCAAAUAAAAGCCAAUAAAGAGGAUUGAUUCAGUGAAUGGAUCACUGUUCCACUGUCACAGUGCUGAAACCAAAGGCAAUGAUGGCCAAAACUCUUUGUCAAUGAGAUGUACAAAAAGGAGACCUGAGUUGCCAAUAACCAUAAAUUGUUUGAAAUGUCAAUGAUGGGAAAUGGUUGAUCAAUACAAACAUUUCUAGUUUCUUUACAGACAAUGUCCAGAUACUGUUGAAAGCCUUUAUAUCUCUCAUCCAUUCACUACCACCUACAAGAACAUGUAUCAUGAGCUGCUUGACGAGAAUAUUCUUAUGGAAAACGUAGGGAAAAAUUAAGAUAGCUGCUGUACUUUUCACGUUUUUGUUUUAGAAACUAGCACUGAGAAGAAUCAGCACUUGAAGUAUCAUAGACUGAGUAAAACUUCUCUUGUACAAAGUGGAUUAACUGAUUUGUGAAGUUAAGAUUGUACUCAUUGUAUUUACAAAGAAUAAAAAUAUAUUAAAGUUUAAAA